ACCUCACUAAUCUAAUCUCAGCAGCGAUGAAGCAAAGAUUCAUCCAUCUCUUUUUGCUCUCAGGGUUUCUCUCACUGAUUCUGUGCGGCACGCGUGAAUAUAUUCUGAUCCGAGAGGAUAAAACGUGGGACGAGGCUCAAGAUUACUGUCGACAGAACUACAUUGACUUGGCCACUGUACAGACUGAUGAAGAGUGGAGCGAAUUAAACGAGUUAAGAGCUGAACUACACUUUUAUAUUUGGAUCGGACUGUAUGAUGAUGCGAACAGCUGGCGUUGGUCUCUUCCAGAUACAAAUGUGACUUUCUUAAACUGGGAUUUUGAUCAGCCAAACAAUUUGGGUGGAAAACAAUAUUGUGUAAAUCUACGGUCAACUGGAUACUGGUGGGAUGAAGCCUGUAAUUGGACAAUACCCUUUUUUUGCCAAAAUGGUGAAGGACAGCCGGUACUAGUUACUGAUCCACUGAUGUCCUGGAACGAAGCUCAGAGUUACUGCAGAAAAAACUACUCAGACUUGUUCACCGUGAAGAACAGGGAUGUGAAUCUACAGCUAACCGACAUGAUCCAGCAACACACUUGUGCCUGGAUCGGUCUGUUCAGGGACUCGUGGAAGUGGUUGAAUCAGACUCGCACAAGCCUUUAUUCCCCUCUGCCAUGGGCUGUAGGACAACCAGAUAACUCAUUGGGCAUAGACAUGUGUGGCGCUUUAGAUGAUUACGGUCACAUUGAUGAUGAGACCUGCUCAAGAUUGAAUUUCUUCUUAUGCCAGACAACACGAGUGAAGCAACAGAUAUUAAGACUGGAGGUGAAAGCAGGAGAUAAUGUCAAUGAUCAAGCGAUUACAGCUGAUGUGUUAAAUAAGGUCCAGCAGACUCUGCGAGCGCAGGGAAUAGCGGCCGAUGUGAAGCUAACCUGGCGGGAGCAUCCCGGUGGAAUGAUUUUCCAAAAAAUGAAGAACGGAUCAACAGGCAUGAACGGAGAACUUUAA